AAUUUUGUGACUUCCUCUCCUUGGCCAAAUCGCGCGUUCUUUAAGUGUUAGCUAGUAGCCGUUAGCUCGUGUUAGCCAGCAGCUCCUCGCGGCCUUUGGUCUGUCUGGGAUCAGUUUAAUGUCUGCGCAGCAGCAAUGGCUUCAGUUCUGCUUCUCAGACACUUUAUCAGGGAGAAACUAGAUGCUGCUGCGGAGGAAAUCUUCUCCGAGGUGGAGAAAAGCAUCCGGCUGCUGGAGAUCAGCCUGAGGCUCCAAAUAACCCAGAGACCAACAGAACUCCAACAGCUUCAUAAGGAGGAGGAGGAGGUUCUGAUGGAGCUGGAUAGUCCAGAACCGGUCCAGAUGAAAGAGGAAGAAACUCAUUACCCAGUGGUGGUGGAUUUCUGGUCAGAAGCAGAACCUCUGCUAAUCAAAGGGAAAGAUCAGGAACCACAACCUCCACGGUUUGACCUGGAAGAUUCAGAACCUUCACUGAUGACAGCGGACCAGCAGGAACCAGAACCUGCCCUGAUGACAGCGGACCAGGAGGAACCAGAACCUGCACAGAAUAAACAAACAGAACCCCCAAAGGUGGAGGAGGACCCGGCAAACCCAGAACCUCUACAGGUUAAAGAGCAACAACCAGAACCUGCCCUGAUGACAGUGGACCAGGAGGAACCAGAACCUGCCCUGAUGAAAGCAGACCAGGAGGAACCAGAACCUGCCCUGAUGACAGCUGACCAGGAGGAACCAGAACCUGCCCUGAUGACAGUGGACCAGGAGGAACCAGAACCUGCCCUGAUGACAGCUGACCAGGAGGAACCAGAACCUGCCCUGAUGACAGUGGACCAGGAGGAACCAGAAGCUGCCCUGAUGACAGCUGACCAGGAGGAACCAGAACCUGCCCUGAUGACAGCUGACCAGGAGGAACCAGAACCUGCACAAAACAAACAAACAGAACCCCCAAAGGUGGAGAAGGACCCGGCAAACCCAGAACCUCUACAGGUUAAAGAGCAACAACCAGAACCUGCAGAGAUACAGUCUGGUGUGGAAGAGCAACAGCUGAAGGAGAAGAUGGAGGAGGAGCGGCGGCGCCGCCUGCUGGACCUCAGCCGGAAACCAGUGGUCAAACUGCACAGAAUAGGAAGAGGAGUUUUUGCCACACACCCCAUUAAACCAGGGGACUUUGUCUUGGAGUAUCGGGGUAAACUGACACAGGAAGAAUGCCGGUCAAGACAAUACUCAGAGAUUGACUUUGAGUAUCGGAACAAUCGCCUGUGCCUGGGUGCAUCUGAAGAAAAUGGAUCUCUCGGACGACUAGUCAAAGACAACCACAAAAAUCCAAAUGGUGUCAUGAUGAAAAUCAUAGUUGACGACAAGCCACACUUGUGCCUUUUUUCUGUUAAGAAAAUAGGAAUAGGAGAUGAAAUUUAUUAUGACUCUGGUAAAGCAAAAUGGCCUUGGCGUACUGAGGUGAAAAAAAGCCAAGCUCCUGCAGCAGCAGAAGAAAAGCUAUUGAGUGGUAAAGACCAGAUAUUAACUGUCCAAGGAUUUUCGCUGGUUGAUUAUCCAGAUAGUGAUGAACCAGAUGUGAUGAACAAACCUCCUCCUCCACACCUGGAUGUUGCGCAUCGCCAGAAUGAUAUUGGGUCGGAUGUUUCAGAUCAUUUGUACGAUGUGAUUUCAGAACAUUCGUAUGCUGUGAGAGAAACUUGUGAUGAGGCUUUUCCAAGCAACCAUUCCAACAAUCAAUCAAAUGAUGAACUUGUUCCACCACUGAGACACACAAAAAGCAUUCUGAUGGAUCCCAUGGAAUCGGAGGACUCAAAGUUGGGUAGCGAAGAGGAGUAUAUUCCACAUCCUAUGGACAAAAGUACAGAAAGUGAUUGCAGUAUGGAACUAACUGUUGAAAAUGAAAAAAAGAACAAAGUUGCAUCAUUCAGACAGAGCAAGUCUAAGCCUAGUGAGAGUGGAAGCAAGACCUCCAGAGAGAGUGGAAGCAAGACCUCCAGACAGACCAAGUCUAAACCUAGUGAGAGUGGAAGUGAAUCCUCCAGAGAGAGUGGAAGUGAAUCCUCUACUAAGAGCCAAUUUGAUGUUAGCCAGAGCAGAUGUUUGGAAAGAAAUUGUGAUCCUAUACAAAGAUUGCCAAAUAGUAGGGUUUAUGGAAAUGAAAAGGAAAUGCCCCUGGAAGAAGAGCAAUCUAUCAUUGUCAGUCCAACUUUAAAGAAGGAUGAUGGAUCCAGAAGUUAUAAAAAGAAACACUUCUGCUUUUAUUGCAGGAAGAUUGUCCAGAAAAUGUCAAGACACCUUAGGCGCAAACACAUAGAUGAAGUGGAUGUUGCGAAAGCAUUCAGUUUUCCAAAACACUCAAAGGAAAGAAAACGACAAUUGGGCUAUAUACGAAAUAAGGGAAACUUCGAGCAUAACAGUGAUGUUUUGGAAACACGAAAAGGAAAACUCAUCCCAUGGAGACAACCAGAAAAAAAAUCAGACGGGCACAAGUUUGCACAUUGCGUUUCCUGCUAUGGGUUGUUCUCAAGAAGAGCAAUGUGGCGGCAUUUCAAGGUCUGCAGCUUUAAACCAGAAAGUAGUAAACCAGGUAGAACUAGAGUUCAAGCACUGUGUGCGUUUGCUGAAACUGCUCCAAAAGAAUAUACAGAUGCGUAUUGGAAAUUCUUGAGUGUAAUGAAUCAGGACCAGAUUGCAUUCGCUAUCAAAGGAGACAGCUGCAUCCUCAAUUACGGGUUCAGAUUGUUCAAAAAGAAUGAGAAAAUAGUCAGUCAACACUCAUACAUACGCCAGAAACUAAGAGAACUUGGCAGGCUUUUAUUGGAAGCUAAGAAAGCCACACAUGUGAAGACCAUUCAAGAACUCAUAAAACCUGAACAGUACACCCAGGUUGUCAAAGCUGCGAAGAUCCUAUCUGGAUUCAGUGAGGAAACUGGCAAGUACCAACGUCCCUCUCUUUUACGCAAGGUAGGACACAGCCUACAUUCAUUGGCCAUGUUUAUAAAGUCUGAAGGACUGAAAAAGAAAGAUAAAGAAACCAUCCAAAAUGCUGAAGAGUUUGUGCAGUUACACCAAAAGAGCUGGAGGUUUGAUACAGGCCAGGCAUUGACCCAGCUUAACCAGGCCAAAUGGAAUGCACCGCAACUCUUGUCUCUCACACAAGAUAUCCAAAAGCUACAUUGCUAUCUAGAUGAAAAACAGCAGCAACAUCUCAAAGAUCUACAAGAACAUCCUUCAUCCACAAAUUGGAAAGAACUUGCAAAAGUAACGCUCACCCAAGUUAUGCUUUUUAAUCGACGGAGAGCAGGGGAAGUGUCUCGAAUGCGCUUGUCUGCAUACUUAUCAAAGGACACAGAAGAAGAACAGGGAGACGUAAACUUGGCCCUCACAGCGCUAGAGCAGAAGCUCUGCAGGCAUUUUAUGCGCAUAGCAAUUGUUGGAAAAAGAGGAAGAAAGGUACCCGUUCUUCUAACCCCAUUAAUGAGAGAGUCUAUUGAUGCCCUUACUAAGACCAGAGAAGAAUGUGGGGUACUGAAGGACAAUGUAUAUCUGUUUGCUUUGCCACAAUCUGACCAUUACCUCAGGGCUUGCGACUGCAUGAGGCAAUUUGUCAGUGAAUGUGCUGACAUAAAAAAUCCUCAAGCACUAACAUCAAUAAAACUGAGGAAACAUAUCGCUACCCUGUCUACGGUUCUCAACCUCAAAACCACUGAGCUUGACCUGCUGGCAGACCUUCUUGGUCAUAACAUUGCUGUUCACAGGAAACAUUACAGGCUCCCACAAAGCACCCUCCAAUUAGCCAAAGUUAGCAAAGUCCUCCUGGCAAUGGAAAGAGGACGCCUUGGAGAUUACAAAGGGAAGAGCCUCGAUGAAAUACAAGUCGACGUGAAUGAGACUGUUCAAAUGGAGGAACCUUCAGAAGAGGACAUUGAAGAUGUCAGUAUGCCAGGAGAGGAGGGGUCACAAGAUGAGGUCAGCAUGUCAUCCCUGGAACAAUGUACCUCCACAUCACAAGUCCAAAACUGGAGUGUCUCUGCAAAAAAGAGAGGAAAGCAAACUGCUGUGAAAAGAAGCUGGACCCCAGACGAGUGUGCUGCAGUGAACACACAUUUGAAGAGAUUUAUCAUAAGAGGUCAAGUUCCUGGUAAAGAAGAGUGUCAGCGCUGUAUUGAUGCAGAACCUCAAGCUCUCAGAAACAGGGACUGGAAAGCAGUUAAAUACUACAUUAAAAAUCGCAUUACAGCCCUGAGAAGAAAGGUGUAGUGUGACAGCACCUAAUGGAACUGAGGUAAAACCGAAGCAUUUGAGGUAGGAUCUUAAAAUGUUUAAUCCUUUGUUGUGUUCUGUUGUAGAGGUUUGCUCGGGUUUUGUUACUGUCCCGUGGCCUACAAAUAUACACAUUUCACAAUUCUUAUUUUAUCUUAUUUUUAAUUUAUUUUUAUUACGGGCGCAGGAAAUGUUAUUUCAAAGGAUUUUUCAUUUGUUUAAAUAUCUCUGUAUGAUGCCUUUUAAAUUUGAGUUUUCACUGGAAAAAAAAACUUAACAUGACAUUAAGGAUGCAGUCCUAAAAAGCAUGUAAUUUCAGUGUUUGUACAACAAAAACUGUUUGGUUUAGAUAUAAGUUCAGGCUGAGGCUGUUGUUGCCGCAUAGCGGCAUGGAAAACCCUACUGCAUAUUUUUGGAUUAAUCUGUUUGGAAAGGGACUCAGUUUGACAACUGUGGCAUAAACUGUUAAUGCCAACAAUAAAAGUGGUCUUUUCAUUUUUGUCAGAAAA